UGGAGCUAUCUGGUUCGUUGCAGUAGGGAGCUUGCAGACACUGCGCAAUCAUUUCAUUUUUUCAAGCAUCUUUAUGUAUUUGCGACCCUCUGAGAUACGAAACAAGGGGCGCUUGUAGUAAAACGCCAGUGAUGCCUUUUCAACUGUAAAUGCAACCUACAUAUUGAAUUUGAUUAUUAUACAAGGAAAUACCCCUAACUGGUCAAUUUUAAGUUUAUUUCUUUUCUUUCUUUUUUUAAUCUUUUGUUAUGUAGUGGAUAUUCCGCAGAUUUUGUGAUGAAGUGAUACCAGAGGUAUAUAUUUAUAGCUGGGCGCAUCAAUGCACACAACUUCCCUCUUAAUUUUUACUUAAUUUCUUAAAGCGGCCUGGCAUUGUAUGCAAGGAGCUGGGCAUGGACAGAUUUGCAUCAAGGUGUCCCGAGAUCAACCGGCUAGCCUGAAGAAUUCCUUAAAAGAUUUUAAACGAAAACAUUGAAAUUACAGCAAUGGAGAGACUUGUGCUGGUUAUUUUCGUCUUGGGUUCUUUCUUGUUUCUUCUGGGUGCCUCUGAAGAGCCCACCAGAGGAUUGUUUACCACCAGUCCGGUCAGCACUCAGUGGAUGUCUCCCCAACUAGAGCCCCUGGACUCUUCAGAACAGGCCGAGCUUGCACCUCCUGAGUUGGCUGGCCCUGGCAUUCCUGAUUUCCUGACUACCUCCCAGGAGUCAGGCUUCUCCAGCGAAGAGAAUGAAGAGCUCAAGGGGAUACAGUUAGAUUACUUCUCAGAUGAUCUGAAUGACACCGCUUUGGUUACAGGGUCUCCAGGAGUAGGUUACAAUCCUACUCCUUUACAACCAUCAUCUUCACCAGAAAGGACAGCAAGCGAUGGGGAUUCCACUCUCUCUCUCUCCUCAUCUGAGCCCCCCAAACCAAGACGGACCAACACCCCCAUCCGAGAGCUGUGGAAAGAGCAAGGAGAAACUACUUCAAACCAGUCAGAACCUGUGCAUUCCACUUUGCCCAUGGCACCAAGCUCUUCCCCCAAGUCGACUGAUCAAAGAGACACACACGUGGUUGCAGUGACAGAGGAAGACUGGCACGCCACAUUGCUUGCUGAAAUGACAACGUUCCCAGAUGCUGAAGGCUCAAGUUAUGGACCUUUCAAACAGCCGGGUUUGUUGUCUUUAUCGACAGCUGAGGCGGAUACUAACACAACUCCCGAAAGACCUUCCAUGGUUUAUUCAACAGUCAUUGGAAGUGACAUACUGCUAGACACAGUUGCCAUGGUAACCACAAUGCACAGGAGAACUGACAGCGAGACCCCUGAUAGUGGUCCUAGUAGAACCACAGUUAUUCACGCUGCUUCUUCCACUUUAAUUCCCUGGAAUGAACCACAGGGUUUGACGGAAAGCAUAGAGCCAUAUUUCAGACAGUCACUCACGGAGACUGGCAGUGUGAAAACAGAAUUGCCUCAGGUGUCUCCACAGGUUAUUUGUACUGACUGGAGUGAGCUAACUGGGAAAGGUUAUGUUAUUCUCAACAUGUCUGAAAAUAAUGACUGUAUUUUGAUGGCAUGUUUAGAGUUACGAAGACAAUCAACCCAGGAUCUGAUAGUGGAUCAUUCAUUUUCCUAUCUUUUAUGGCCACUGACAGAAUUACAGUGGCGAUCAAUGGAGCUCUUCCGAGUGGAGAACGGGGACAGGCUCCUGGCCAUGCUGGAAAAGGCUUUCUCCAGGAAGAUGGACAACCCCCAGGAAACCUGGUUCAUUUCUCUAAGCAAGCCAAACAGACAGGACAAGCAGUUGCUGAUGACACUGGCUGGUGAACAAGGGGUAAUACCCACAAAAGAUGUACUCUCCAUGCUUGGAGAAAUCAGGAAAAGCUUAUAUGAUAUUGGAAUCCAGAACUACACCAGCGCUACCAGUUGCCAGUCUCGCCCCACUCAGUCUCGCAGUGACUAUGGGAAGCUCUUUGUUGUGCUGGUCAUUAUCGGAUCCAUCUGUGUGGUCAUCAUAGUGUCCGGCCUCAUCUAUAUCUGUUGGCAAAGACGUCUCCCAAAGCUGAAGGACAUGUCACACAGUGAGGAACUUCAUUUUGUGGAGAAUGGUUGCCAUGACAACCCGACACUGGACGUCACCAUCGACAGCCAAUCAGAGAUGCAAGAGAAGAAGCCCAAUGUGAAUGGGGUUGCCAUGGACGGGGUGGACAACUGGCACAUCUCAAUUAACAAGACAGCAAAAGAGCAAGGGGACAAUUAUGAAGAAGACACACAUCUUUAACAGAAAAAAAAACAGUCAGACUUAAUGUGGCAACAUGUUUCAGAUGACUUGUGCCAUUUUGAGAAAUACCUGCUAAUUCAGCUAUGAGCUUACUGUUUAAGCUUAUGUCAACAAAAAAUAAUAUCAGCACCAUUAGAAGAAAGCUUUGGGGAUUUACAGUGUUAAAGAAGGUUUCUGAAAGUUCACGGGGAAGACUGUCAGUGUUUCUGAUAGACAUGUUUUUACCAAAGCAGAGAACAAUCCAAAUAGCCUAAGAACGAAAACAGAAAAGUGUUUAGGAAAAUGUAUUUCACUGUUAAUCUUUUAUUUCAUCUCACAAUGUCGUGUUUCAUCAAUAGGAAUAUGAUAGAUUUAGGAUCAACAAACUGUUCAACAGUUUACUACAUCUUGAAAAUGAGAUUCUGUCUGUAUAUAGAGAUGAAGACCACAGGUAUUUACAUAGCGAGUGGCUUAACCCUCACAUGUAGAAUACAUACAACCAUAAAUGACUGUGAAACAGAGGAGCUUUUGGUCACAUCAAAGAAUAGUUCUGAGGACAGACCUAAAAUGAGCUAAACUGUCACUGUGGUUUCUGACCCCUGUCGGUGAGAUGAGAUGAGGUUAAAAGCGUUAUCACAAUGAAUGUCAGAUGAUGUUUGCCAGUCUCUUUUGCAUAGUGGUUAAGACGCUUGCUUGCUUGCUUGCAGUGCACGUGGUAGCUGGUACACCCCCAGCCUCCUCCCCUGUUACAUCAUUUUAAAAAGUAUAAUAGGUAGCAAGAUUUCAGUUUAUGUAUAUUUUCUUAGACGUACGUGGCAUGACAGAAACACCACAAAAUUCCAGUUAAAUUAUCUCAAUCUCAAUACAGCCGCCAUACAACUUAUAAACAUGCACUGUGCUAUAGUAAUGCGUUUAGUGAUGUUUAUAAGCAGGUCAAUAAAUUACCCUUGGAGGGAAACUCUAGCUUGAUUAACAUAGGGAUAAAGCAGAUGGCCGACACUGUGUUAUAUUGACCUGGCUGAAUAGAAAACAUGCAGCAUUCAAGCUUUAGUAUCGGAGCAAGGUGGCAGUUGCUGUGUUCUAAUAAUUCUGAACAGACAUCGACAGAGCAUUGAGUCUAUCAUAAUGGCCCUCAUAGUAUGUAGUUUACAAUCAACUCACUUAACAUAUUUUCAGAUCUACUGUUUUUUGAUGAGACUGUGUUAAGGUGCUUUCACCUGAGUUCAGGGGCUAGUCUUCAGUUCUUGUUGCCUGCUAAUGAUACAUGUAGGCUAGACAAGCCAACGUGUUUUUAUAUUAGUAAGUUCCAACACCCUCUAGUGCACAGCUGCCUACUGCCAGAAUUACAACAGGGUACUUAUCCAAAUUAGCUGCUCACUACGUGUCGCUGGCUCUUAUAUAAAAACAUUUUGGUUGAUCUAGUCCAGUGGUUCCAAACUGUGGUCCACAAACAACUCCCAAAAUUCAGUUACGUAGAUCUUGCAAAAAACAAUUUCUGCAGAAUCAUACGUCGUUUCAAAAGAGUGACACGUUUUAUCAAAUUGGACACAGUACUUGACUCGUAACCCAGUGCUUUGAAAUGUAUCUGUAAAAAUAUGUUCUGCUUGUCACAUAGGAUUUCAUUUACUCCUUCCAUUUCUCUAGCACUUUUAGAUUAGCCUGUUUUGCCUUGUCUAAUAAUGUUUACCAGAAAGGAAGAAGUCUUGGUGAUAAUCCCUGAGCUGUGUGAUGAGGUAACUUGAUGUAAUCCUGCUUUGGCCAAUAUAUCUGUGUUUUUUUUUUUUUUUUCAGUGGUCAGUGUAUUUCUCUAUCAGCUUAUUUCUAUGCUUGAAUUUACUGAUGAUUUAUGGUGUUUUUGAGUAAAUAUAGUCACUGUCAACUUUUGGUUUAGCUUAGCUAGGUCAGUUUGACCGCUGCAUUUUAAAUAUUGUGCAUAAGAAAACUGUAUUUAGUGUAUCGUGCAUUUAGUGUAUCAAUAUUGAAGACAUGAAGACUUUUUUUUCACGUAAUAUCAACACUAAAUCUUUGAAACUGG